AUGGUAUCCAACUGCUCACCAGCUUCCAUCAAGAGCUGCCCGCGGCCCCCCUCUGUCUGCUCCAGCAGCAUGAGCUGCCGGCCCGAGCUGUGCCUCGGUUACGUCUGCCAGCCCAUGACAUACGUGCCUCCUGUCUGCACGCCCACCACCUACCGGCCAGCCAGCUGCCUCUCCAAGACCUACCUAUCCAGCUCCUGCUGGCCCAGCAGCUGCCGGCCAGCCAGUGGUAUCGCCAGUUCCAUGGGCACCUGCAGCUGGUACUGUGAAGGGACGUUCAAUGGCAACGAGAAGGAGACCAUGCAGUUCCUGAACGACCGCCUGGCCAACUACCUGGAGAAGGUGCGCCAGCUGGAGCGGGAGAACGCGGAGCUGGAGAGCAAGAUCCAAGAGGCCUGCCAGUCUCAAGUGCCCACCCUGUGUCCUGACUACCAGUCUUAUUUCAGGACCAUCGAGGAGCUCCAGCAGAAGGUUUUGUGCACCAAAGCAGAGAACGCCAGGAUGGUCGUGCACAUCGAUAACGCCAAGCUGGCCGCCGAUGACUUUAGGACCAAGUACGAGACGGAACUGGCCAUGCGGCAGCUGGUGGAGGCCGACACCAACGGCCUGCGCAGGAUCCUGGACGAGCUGACCCUGUGCAAGGCCGACCUGGAGGCCCAGGUGGAGUCCCUGAAGGAGGAGCUGCUGUGCCUCAAGAAGAACCACGAGGAGGAAGUCAGUGCCCUCCGGUGCCAGCUGGGGGACCGCCUUAAUAUCGAGGUCGACGCUGCACCGCCCGUGGACCUGAACAGGAUGCUGGAGGAGAUGCGGUGUCAGUAUGAGACUGUGGUGGAGACCAACCUCAGGGACGUGGAGGAAUGGUUCAACAUGCAGAUGGAGGAGCUCAAUCAGCAGGUGGCCACGAGCUCCGAGCAGCUUCAGAGCUACCAGUCGGACAUCAUCGAUCUGAGACGAACGGUCAACACGCUGGAGAUCGAGCUGCAGGCCCAGCACAGCCUGAGGGACUCUCUCGAAAACACCCUGGCGGAGACCGAGGCGCGCUACAGCUCCCAGCUGGCCCAGAUGCAGUGCCUGAUCAGCAACGUGGAGGCCCAGCUGGCCGAGAUCCGCUGUGACCUGGAGCGGCAGAACCAGGAGUACCAGGUGCUGCUGGACGUGCGGGCCCGGCUGGAGGGCGAGAUCAACACGUACCGGGGCCUGCUGGAGAGCGAGGACUGCAAGUUGCCCUGUAACCCGUGCUCCACUCCCUCCUGUCCCCCUUGUGCACCUUCCCCCAGCGUGCCCCGCACCAUCUGUGUGCCGCGCACCGUCUGCGUGCCUUGUGUGCCCUGUCCUCAGGUGCGCUACUGA